UUGGGACAAAGUAUUUUACUGCCACAAGAAGCAUAUAAUCAAAUUCCCCAAAAUCAUUCAACAAUCAACACACAUUUUUUUUCUCUCUCUAUAUUUCAUUUUCUACACCAAACACCAAGAACGAUUUAUGAGCAACUAGCUUUCUUUACAUGUUGUAGUAUUCCACUUUUCCAAAUUAUUUUUUAAAUUAAUUUUUCUUCAAUUCCUCAACUACCCAUAAAAUUAUUCACUAUUAUUUAAUUUUUAGAGGGAAAAAAAAAAAGCAGAGGAGGAAAAAAAAUUCCCCUUAUUUUCCAGAAGAUUUAGGGUUUUCUGUUCAAUUUUCAAGGAAAUUUCAGGGAUUUUAUCUCAAUUUCAGAAUGUCAAGUUUGGAGGAACCCCUCAGUUUUGACAAGUUGCCUAGCAUGGGCAGUCUUGAUAGAAGGUUUUCAUCUGGUUCUUGUCGACCCCGAGGAGAGGAUAUGGGCAUGGGAGCUCGAUGGAUUGAAGGAAACAGGUGCAGCACAUCAAAUAGCUGUAGUGAGGAUACAGAAGAUUAUAUGGGAGAAGCUUUUCUUUGGGGAAGGAAAUCUAGGGAAACUCAUGGUAAUUCUUUCAGCUGGAGGAGCUUAAGUCUGGGUAGAAAUCAUACGACAGAUGGAAAUCAUGACAAGUGCACUGGUGUCAAAAGGAGUAAGGUUGUAACCGGCAUGCCCAAUCAUGUUAAAAUUGUGGAGGUUGGUCCAAGGGAUGGACUUCAAAAUGAGAAGAACAUGGUGCCUACCCAUAUAAAGGUUGAAUUGAUCCAAAGACUAGUAUCUGCUGGAUUAUCCGUCGUUGAGGCAACAAGUUUUGUUUCGCCCAAAUGGGUACCUCAGCUCUCAGAUGCAAAAGAUGUUAUGAAAGCAGUCUAUCAUGUGGAUGCUGCUCGUCUUCUUGUGUUGACCCCGAAUUUAAAAGGGUUUGAAGCAGCUAUAGCAGCUGGUGCCAAGGAUAUUGCUGUUUUUGCAUCCGCUUCAGAAUCCUUCUCAAAGUCAAAUAUAAACUGUAGCAUUGAUGAAAGUCUUGUUCGUUAUCGAGCUGUUGUUGCAGCAGCUAAAAAACUUUCAAUUCCAGUUCGUGGGUAUGUAUCGUGUAUUGUUGGGUGCCCAGUUGAAGGGCCGAUUCCUCCUGCAAAGGUGGCAUAUGUGGCUAAGGAACUGUAUGACAUGGGCUGCUAUGAAAUCUCUCUUGGUGAUACUAUCGGCACUGGUACACCAGGCACUGUUAUUCCCAUGCUCGAAGCUGUAAUGGCCGUUGUUCCUGUUGACAAGCUUGCUGUGCAUUUCCAUGAUACCUAUGGACAGUCUCUUCCAAACAUUUUGGUGUCUCUGCAGAUGGGAAUCAGCACACUCGAUUCCUCAGUAGCAGGACUUGGUGGAUGCCCUUAUGCAAAGGGAGCAUCAGGAAACGUUGCCACUGAAGAUGUGGUAUACAUGCUUCAUGGACUUGGCAUCACUACUAAUGUAGACCUGGAGAAGCUGCUCUCUGCUGGAGAGUUCAUCUGCAAGCAUUUGGGUCGCCUUUCUGGUUCUAAAACUGCUAUCGCAUUAGGCCGAGCAACAUAUGAUACCUGUAAUGCUGUAAGAUAUGAUGAACUUACAUCUGCAGCAGUGUAAUGGCCUCUGCUCUGAUGGUAUUAAAGAUAAAGUUUAAAGAGGCUAUAAUUCGCGUCUCUUUUAUUUCUUAUUUUUGUAUACACAUUGAUUAAAGGGGUCAAGCCUCUAGUGCAUUCCCCAUUAAGUUUGAUUCUAAAGAUAUCAAACAACCUCAUAUACCAUGCCUUGUGUAGACCAUUGGGAUACAUCCCACUUAACAAUUGAUGAUUGGAAAAAGUGCAAUUUUAUGUAGCGUAUCUUGACUAA